GGUGCUUCAUCACAGUAUUGUGUAGGGGGAGGAAUAAAGGUCGAUGUGCAUAAAGGGACGCUGUCCCUUUAUGUUGUUUGGCCAACAACACGGAGACCACCCCAUGCAGGGCAGCUGCACAGACAAAGGAGGCCGCGUCGUGUCCGGACUGCCGCCCUUCUGCCCCGUGGUCGGCGAGCGAAGGGAGAAGGCGGUCAGAGGCCCGGGCUGCUAACCAGCCAACACCGGGACACACCCACGCCAACGCAAUGACCGCAGCAGCGCCUCCCACGGGCGUGCAGGGAGGAACAGGGUGCGGGCUGGGCCCUGCGAGACUCUCGCGAUGUUGCUAGGGGCCCUGCGAGACUCGGCAGCGGGCGCCGCUGGUUGCUACGGCCCGCGACUGGGGGAGACGUGCGGCCGCUGCGAAGGGAGGGCAAUCGCCGCCCCGAGAUGUCUCAGUUUACAAAUGAAGAUGAAGUUCUGUUACAGUCCAUGCUUAGACAAUUGCUGCAAAGUGUGAAGGAAAAAAUCACUGGGGCUCCGUCAGUGGAAUGUGCAGAAGAGAUUCUCUUGCAUUUGGAGGAAACUGAUGAAAAUUUUCACAACUAUGAAUUUGUGAAAUACCUUAGGCAGUAUAUAAAUAAUACUCUGGGCUCUCUGAUUGAAGAAGAAUCGGAAAAAUGUACUUCUACUCAAAAUCAGAGUGAAGUUUCUGGCUAUGAUACUCUUGUCCAACAUGUUACUAAGAAGACGCGUGAAUCAAAGCAAUACAGAGAAAUGAUGCAUGCCUUGAAGAAUGUCAUGACGAUUGUGGUAGAGUCUUUAAUUAACAAGUUCGAAGAAGAUCGGAUGUGUAAUAAGGAGCUGGAUAGUAAAACCAAGAAAAAAUGUCAAAGUGAUUAUUAUACAGACAACUGUUCUGACAGUGACUCUUCAUUCAAUCAAAGUUAUACAUUCAUGAGUCAAGAACAAUUGCAGCUGCUUGUGGAAAAGUUUGACCCUAUUCAGCCUAAGGAAGUUCGCCAAGAAGCAUUGCAGAUGCUGUGCUUGGCCCCUCCAUCUGAUGUAUUGAACUCUGAGUGUUGGCCAAAUCUGCGUAAGCACCUGACGAUGUCUCUGUCAGAUCCUGAUGAAAUAGUCAGUGAGAAAAUUCUUAGGUUUUAUGCAAAAACCUUUUCUUCAUCUCCAUUUAAUAUGACAAGAGAAGUCUAUACAAGUUUAGCACAACAUUUGGAGUUUUACUUCCUUUCUGGAGAAUAUUCUCUUCGUAUUUCAUCAGGUCUGGAUGUAUCUAAUGCAGAUGUAAAUCAUAUACUUAAAAAGGUUCGUCUGUUAAAUGAAUACCAGAAGGAAGCUCCAUCUUCCUGGAUUCGUUAUCCAGAAAAGUACAUGGAGGAAAUAGUAGAGAGUACCUUGUCACUGUUGUCAGUAAAACAUGAUCCUAGUCAUCCUGCCUCUUCAGACUUCUUAAGUCCAGUCUACUUUUUGGCUCUGCUGGAUAUCAAGGCUAUAUGGUUUAAAAAGUGGACGCAUGCACAUUACAGCAGAACAGUGAUACUUAGGCUUUUGGAAAAGAAAUAUAAAUUUUUGAUUAAUGCAGCUGUCCAGCAAUGUCUUGAUUAUUUUGAAUUUUGCAAGACGGCAAUUAGUAAAACUUCCAGAGUCGAUGACUUCUCUCAGCAGCAUUCUAAUAAUGAGCAGAAGUUUUUUUAUACUGGAUCAGAAUUGCAGUACAUCUAUUUUGUUCAUUCAUUAUGCCUUUUAGGCAGAUUGUUGAUUUAUAAGCAAGGCCGAAAUCUCUUUCCAGUACAGCUGAAAAACAAAAAAGAUUGCGUAUCCCUAACUGAUCUGUUGGUAUUAUUUACUCAACUUAUUUAUUACUCUCCAAGAUACUCAAAGGAGGCUUUGACAGCACAUACAGACAAUUAUUCUCCAGCAAGUCUCGUUAUGGAGAUUCUGCAAGUGUUCUGUGAUCAAACAGGGUGUGCUACUGACUGUUUAUAUACAGAUGCAGUGAUGGAUGCCCUACUUGAUCCUCUUCAAAGUUUACUGAAUGGUACAGAGGUAUUUAUAAAUUGCCUUGAAACCACUUUAAUUGAUGUAGCUGAUAUUUUGGCAAGGAUUGCUGCUGCAGAAGAUGGUCUUUCUGUUCUUCUUUAUGGAGAAAAUAAAAACUCUGCAAAAGAAAAUAGUCCUACAGCUGUUCGUAUAAUUGUUCAGUUCACAAAGAAACUUCUUCAUGACGACAUUUCUCUUUUAUCUGGAUCCAAGCUUUUGCAAGUUGUUAAAGGAGCUUUCAUUUUUGUAUGUCGUCAGAUGUAUAGAACAUGUGAAGGCCUGCAGAUGCUAAUUCCUUAUGGCUUGCAUGAAUCAAUUGGAGAGGCCUGGAAAAAGGCAAGUUUGCUUUCAGAAAGAGUACCUACCCCUGUAACUGGUGCAGACUCCACAUCAUCAAUAAGUCUAGACUCAAAAAACAUUGUGUUAUGGGAAGAGACUUUGCUGGAUGCCCUGCUAAAUUUUUCAGCCACACCUAAAGGACUAUAUUUGCUACAUAGUACUGGGGCCAUGAGUGACUGUGUGAGCUUUAUGUUCAACAAUUUAUCAAAAAAACACCAGACAAAUGAACGUGAAGAAUUUGAUAAUGGAGUGAUUGUGGCACAAAUGGCAACAACACCAACAGCUGCAGUAGCUCUACAGAGUUCAGAACAAAUAUUUAUUGCAGGGUUUAUAAAGGCAUUUGUAGCUGAACUGUGGGCUCUUUUGGAGUGUGGAAAAGAUGAUGUGAGGAUAACUCAACCCAAAUCUACUCCAGUUGACCCUAUUGACCAAAGCUGUCAGAAGUCUUUUCUAUAUCUGAUAAACUUGCUUACUUAUCCUGCAGUUUUUGAGCUACUGAGUAAACAGGAUAUACCAAAUAAACCAAUGUAUUCACACCGUGAAGUACCCACAGACAUUAUUAAUAUCAUUGACAGAAUUGUAAUUUUGAACUCAGAAGCAAAAAUUCAUUCCUUAUUCAAUUAUGAACAAUCGCAUGUCUUUGGUCUACGGCUGUUAAAUGUGCUAUGCUGUGAGCUUAAUACCCUUUUACUCUUGGAGACUCAGUAUAAAGUGUCACAAGUUUUACUCACUGCUCAGGAAGAAAAUGUCACAGAAGCUUCAGAAGGACCAGGAGAUUUUAUCGUCGAUAGUCUAUCAGUUGAGAGAAACCAUGUUCUUGUCAGAAUAAAUCUUAUUGGAGGACCACAGGAAAGAAUUUUGCCUUUGAGAACGCUAGAUAAGGGCAGUGAUCCAUAUCCGUGGCCAAUGUUUUCAUCAUUCCCUUUGCCAAAGUGCUAUCUUGCAGAAGUUCCUAAGAAAGCUGAUUUCAGACAAGAUAAAGUUCUUGACAAGCUGAUAUCGAUUUUACAAAAUCCAGAUGGACAAUCCGAGUGGGCCGAAAUUUGCAGAAGGCAAUUCUGCAAAAUCAUGAAAACCAGACCAGAUACCAUCAGUGGAGCAAUUUUGGCAGAAUUAAUUGAAAAAUUCGUUUUACAUCUGUCUGAGAGUCGAUCAAAUUGUUAUUUCAAUAUGGGAAGAUAUGAAGCCACAGAUGCAGAUGUGAAGAAAGAAAACCUUUCAUCGGUGCAGCAGCUUGGUAUUGAAAUGACAGUCAGAUAUGGAAAACAUCUGAACUUGCUAAAAGAACAUGCUGAAAAUGAGCUGUGCUUCGUGUUAAUGAAUUGUGAGCAGUUUCUGAAACAACAGCAGAGAGCUGUGGUAUCCUCACUUCGCUGUUUGCAGGGACGCUAUGCUGGCUAUGACUGGUUUGCAUCUUCUGUGUUCCUCAUAAUGUCAGGGGAUGGAGAGAAAACUCUAACAUUUCUUCAGCAAUUUUCUCAUCUUCUUGUUUCAGCGUUUCUCUGGAUACCAAGACUGCAUUUGUCUAUGCACCUACCUAUUACCUCAGUGGAAUCUGGCAUCCAUCCAGUCUACUUUUGCAGUGCUCACUACAUUGAGAUGUUGCUGAAAGCUGAGUUGCCACUUGUCUUCUCUGCCUUCCACAUGUCUGGUUUCACUCCAUCUCAGAUUUGUCUACAAUGGAUAACUCAAUGUUUCUGGAAUUACAUGGACUGGAGUGAGAUCUGUCAUUACAUCGCUACAUGUAUUUUCCUCGGUCCUGACUAUCAGGUUUAUAUGUGUAUUUCUGUGUUCAGACACCUACAGCAAGACAUCCUGAAGCACACUGAAGCCCAAGAUCUCCAGGUUUUUCUUAAAGAAGAAGCACUCCAUGGAUUUCGAGUGACUGAUUAUUUAGAAUACAUGGAAAGCUUGGAGUUGAUCUACAGACCCAUGCUGCUAAACGACAUGAGGAACAUCAGAGUGCAGAACACAUAGAUCAAGCAUGACAGAUUUUCUAGCUUUGGUUACAUUCUGUAAAAGAAUGUUGAUUAUUUCAUAUAAAAAUAAGCACUAAAAUAAAUCAGGCCGUGUAUAUGUACAUAUUGUAAAAUAAAUAAGGAGGGUUUUCAGAAUAUGGUUUUUACAAAAGGUCUUCUCUGAAAUUGGAUGACCUAAAAAUACAGUAUUUUCCCAGACUGAUCACAUGCAUAGCUUCAUUUUUAUUUUGCAUAAAGUAGAUUCAGAACCCAGAUUGUUGAAAUUUUUUCUUUAAAAUGCCUAGAACCUUUUUGCAAAUCAUUGCAUCACUGUCAUAUUCAUGCAGCACAGUGCUAAAACCUUUGUAUUUUGUAUGGGUCUGACAAGAUGAUUUUUUAAAAAAUUUUUUAGAAGCAACAGUGCAGAAUUCAUAUGCAUGAGAAGUGAACAAAUGAAAAAUAAAUCUCUGUACACAGGUCUUUGUGAAUAUGGUUGAGAAAGUGAAGUGAUCAAAUGCAUGGACUGAUAAUUCUGCCUUACACUUUUUACCAGUGUAGGUAAAAUUUUGACAUUGUUGAAGUUGGCUAAAUUUUAGAACAAACAUGGUUUUCUUGAAGAACGCUGUAUCCCAUUUGCUCUGGGAAAGGCAGCUAAAUAAAUAUUCUGACAGCUUUCUUUUCUGUAUUACAUUAUGUCACUGCUAAGUAUUAUUUAAGAAAUUAAGAAAAUUAAAGAAUGUAACUAUUUGUGCACCAAUUAGUAGUUCUUUUCUGAAUCCAUAUUUCAAAGCACCAAACAUGAUAUUGAGUCAAUAAAUAACAGUCAAUUAGAUAGCAAUAUGUGUAUAAAAUUAAUUUCAAUGAAAACCAACACUAUUUAUUAAUUAUGUCCUAUAAGAUAAUAGUUUUUGGCAAGGAGGAGAAAUUCCUUGAGCAUUUGCAAGUAGGUAGGUUGUAGAUGGAAAAUAAGAAGUUACCAUAUUGUCCUGUUUUUCAUACGGUCAUCAUGUCUACAUUAAAAUUUCAAAAAAAUGAACGUAUCGUGUAGAAAUGUUACCUUCACAGUGCCCACGUGAGAUGAUAUGAAAAGUAGACUUUUAAGAUAGAUAAUGGUUUACUAACUGCAGAACUUCACAGUCACAUGCAAAUAAAACCUAAUAUUCAAAUAGAACAAAAAAAUAGGUAUAACUUCUGGUUACUGACAUCAUGAAAUGGAUGGGGAGGAAAACUGUGGUCUGUUCAGUAUGUAGCAGAUAAGAGUUCUCCCAGUGAAGAAAAAAAUUGUAUGUGACAGAGGUAGUUCUCUUUGCAUAUACUUAAGACUCACCCUAGUGGUCACUGUGGACUUUGCUUCAUUUCCCCUUUCUCUUUUUGCUACCUCCACCACAAGAAAAGUAUGUAAAGCACAUCCUAGCAGUCACCAGCUAAGCAGAAGCUUCCUCUCCUGUCUCACUCUACACCCUCUCUAGUAUUUGCAGAUUACUUACUCUUUUCACUUUGCAAGAAUUUUACUUGCUCACUUCUUGCAUGCUCUUCUGUUCAGGGCUUUUCAUUUGUGCUUUUAAGAAUUAUCUCAGUAGACAUGUAAAUUCCCACUGCUCACAAUCUCUCAUUCACUCUAUUUUUAUUUUUUUUCCUUCUCUACUACAAAUGGCAUUGUGGUGGUGAGGACUUUCACCUUUUUCUUGCAUACUACCUCAUCAGUAUGAUUUUCCUCUAUUCUGACUUCAGGAGUUUCAAUAUUCUUUUGCACAGGUGAAAGGCACCCAUCUUUUCGGAAAGUAGCCUAGAAUACAAUGGAUGACAUUUUCUAGAUUGUCUGUUAAUAAUUUUAUACCAGGUGAUAGAACAAUGCAUAAAAAGGCCCAAAGGCAGUCUGGAUAGGUAAUAUAAGUGGUGCAUAAUUACUCUGUAACUGAAUAAAUUCACCAAGGAAGCUUUUCCUGUGUUGUGAGUUGGCUCCAGAACUGUUGAUUAGGCAGUUAAUGUCAUUUUAUCUUCCAGUUUUAGAAGUGGGAAGCAGUGUGCUUCAAAAAGUCAUGGACAGUAGGCAAGUCCAAGAUUAAAGUUGAGUUAAUGGAAGGAAGAAGUAAUGGCUUUAUUAAGGAUUUUGUAUGGAAGGCUUCCUCUUUAUACACCUUCCACACUAAUAUUGAAUGUAUCUUUUUAUUAGGAGAGCUAUCCUUUCUUUGAAUACCAGAUUAGUUUCAGCAAAAGUAACUUGUUGCACUGCUUCAAUUUUAGAGUGAAAUGCCCUGCUUGUGUAGUUAUCUUUAAAGAAAUUUUUGGUUAUAGUAUUUACUUCCUCGAGCAAGUUAGUAAAUAUUAGUAAAUAUCUUAUAUUUUGUGUCUGGAUAUUUUCAAUGACAUUUCUUCAUUUUAAAUGAAACAAGAUGCAUCUUCUCUAGCAAAAAGUUACUUAUGAGCUGUACUCUUACUGGAAUAAGUCUUUUUGGGGGGGAGGAAGUCUACGUCAGCUGCCUACCGCAGGUAGUUUAAUAACUAAGCAGUAUAAAUUCCCCAAAUGUAUGCUAGUCAUGUAGGCAGCAUUACAAGGUGAUGUUACAUAAUGAAAGUUAAGCAUUUAGGUAGUCCUUUGGUUAAAGAACUAAGGAAAUAAUUGCAGUGUUUUAUCAACACCUUCAAUAACGUUCUCUUUACAGAAUAUUUGAACUUUCAGAAAUACUUUGAUUAGAAUUGGGAAUAUGAUAAAUCACAUCUUUUUGAAAGAUAAAAAAAAAAAA